AUGGAGAUUCGUCGUGGAACUGAUUGGCAUACGGAUUCGGAAAUAUCAAUGGUUCAGUUGAGACCGCUCAAGACUUCUCCCUCCACUAGAACCUCGAUUGGCGAUAAUGAGGUUCAAUCGCAGAAUUCCGUGCCACAAAACAGCGCCGAAACAUCACAAAGUGAGCCUGCUAGACUCAAUGGCCGCCCGAAAUCAGAGUUAGAUGAAUUACCUUUCACAGGAAGUCCCUCUCUAGGACAGAAGCCAAGAACUACAAAAGUCGACAUAAUCGGAGUUCCUGCUAUUGGAGGAGAUCCACAGAUGACAUGGAUGCCUGAAGCUAAAUUCACACAGGAUGGGCUCUUUCCACUUGAUAAUGAUAGCGAGGUGAAGUCGGCAUUUAUGAGAAUGACACCUGUAUCACCAGCUUACUCGAUGAAACAUUUUCAUAAAAGGAGACCUGCGUGGAUUGUCCGCGAUAUUCGUAGUCGCAAGGAGCUGAGCAUGGCUCGAGUUCUUUUGUAUGACCAUGGGUACCCGAAAGACGGCGAUACAUUGAAGCAAUUAGCUAGUAGGCUUCUGGAAAGUGUCAGAAAGCUAAGGUCAAUUGAGGAGGAAAACCGUCCCCUUUUUUUCGUCUGUCACAGUACCGGGGGGCUAGUACUCAAAAUAGCUCUAACCGAUGCUCGAAGGCGCGGAGAUCCAAUUCUUCAUGAUUGUUAUGGUGUCACUUUUUUUGCAACACCACACAGAGGCUCGAGUUAUUUGUCGCAGCCAGGAUUUUCUGGCAGUAUCCGAACGAUCAUGGGUCUAUCACGGGAACUCCCAAUAUCCAUAUCAAGUCAGCUGGAACUAGAUCACCAUUCUCUGAAGCAAAUCGGGAAAGACUUUAAAGCUCUAGCCACGGAACUUAAAGUGUGGACCUUUUUCGAGACAAUAGAUUCAAACAUUACCGGUCCAGAUCAAGGUAAACCUUUUCAUGCACCUAUCACAUCUAUUAAAUCCGCAAUACUGAAUCUACGUAACGAGAGUGUAUAUCCAUUGGUGAGCACUCAUACAAAGUGUGCUGCAUUCGGCUCCGCAAAUGGGCAUACUAAAGAAGCUUAUUUGGUGGCGCUAGCCGCUCUGGUCGAGCAGGCUUGUAAAUUGAGUAAACUCACCCACUGUGAAUUAAAUCUUGAGCAAAGAGUGGAGGUAGAGAUCAAUGGUUUUUAUGAAGGCUCUGCUACCAUCCCAACUAACGAGCCCCCAAUCAGAGUCUGGUCAACAAACAGAUCUCUGCACGAUUUUACACGAAAUGGUCCGGCCAAGCUUUUGAAGGAACGAAGGGAAGAAGUAUCAGCUGCCCCAAUGGACGGACAAUAUUUACGUCACAAUACCCGUGCUCAAUAUUUGCCUAUGGAUAAGAUGACUUCUGAUGCCAAGAUCAAGGGUCACGCAUUUAUUCCUAAAUCAACAUCGAAAUUGAACCCUUUUAAGAGAGGUUCAAGCCCUUCUCCCCAGACUCGAAGAGCGACAAAGAUCAAAGCCAAAGGAUCGCCAGAUGUCAGUGAGAGUAAAAAAAUAGGACCGGUUCCGUCUCCGCCUACUUUGAUAAUGACCUCCGAUGUGGAUGACAAUGGAUUACAGCCAUCUAUUCGAAAGUCGCGAACCGAGAACGACGAAACAGCAACCAGGCCCGAGCCUCCCCGGAGGUACAGCGAAUCUCUGACGGCUCAGAGUUCUUUCUUGAGUCCACAUCGUGCCAGUCUUCAUCAAGAGAAAUCCUCGUCAUCUGCAGGACGUGAAGAAAUUGAAAUUGUUCUCACUCCCAGCGUACCUCCUUUACUGUACCCUAAUUUCUCGAACCUCAAGCUUACAUGGAUACAUGUACCGUUCAACAAUCCUACCUGGGUCCCAGAUGUUCUUGAAAGAAUAUCGAACGAAAAGGGGCCAGAUGUCCACAGUAAAAUGUUAGAUCACGAGCACUGGCAUUCAAAACAAGUACGUGGAAGGCACCAAGAACAUCAUCAUGCUUGUUUCUUAAAGCCUUAUUGUUCUUUUUUCCGUUUAGAAAGUGUAUCACCUUUAGCAUCCCCUAAAAUUGGCAUUGGAUCUUUUGACAUGAAUCAUGUCCUUGUGAAAAGGAGAGAUUUCGUUAAACAACGAAUCGAGCAAGGUCGAUCGAGACCUGUUCCUCAACAAGUGUCAAAGCUUGACUCACAAGAGAUUCAAGUCCUCUGGCAGUAUCUGGGACACGACCCUCCAGUAAAUGCUCGGCGUACACUAGAUCAAUUUGGAUAUCCGAGUCUUCUCGAUACAAGGGCGAGAGAUGAUGAUCAGAUGCUGUAUAAGAUGACCAAAGAGCGGCAUACCAAGUCAAACGGUACAACAAAUAAUACUGCUGACGGACAGAGCAAUGUAGCUCGGAUGAUGAGACCAGCUCAGGGAAAUGAUAAGGAAGAUGCAGUUGAUGAAAAAAGUGACGAUUCCGACAACCCAAGCGAUAGAGAUGCGAUGUCUGAUGGCGACGUUCUAGAUGGGAAUGUUCUUAUGGUUGAUCAGCUCUGGUUAUGGGUCAUUGAUGGGUCUGUUGUUACCUUCUUCUCUGGUAGAGCUGGACUGAAAACGGAUGGAAGGCUAUUUCAACAAGCCGAUCUUCGAGACAGCAUUUUUAACGAAGUCAACGCUGAUCUUACUUCUCGCUGUGAAAAUGCCUAUGACCUUGCAGCUCUGGUCGCCCUUCAUGCAGUCACUAUCUUGUUUGAACGAACUUCGCAUCCUAACCUGGAAGUCUUUCGAAUAUUUGAAGAGGCAAUCAGUAUUCUGGCAAAAAAAAUGACAACAUCCUUCAAAGAUUUCCGUGCACGAGGUUUUCGGGCAAAAGCAGAUGAUAAUGACGACCUUAGGACCAGCUCUAUUCGUGCUAAGCAUGCACGUGAAGGGAAGAUCGCGGAGGAGCAAAAUCGUGAAAACACAUCCGCUCUUCUGGAACUCAGAGAUAUCGAAGAUGAGCUGAAUACUUUAAAGACCCUGUUCAACAGUCAAAUGACAGAGAUUAGAAUCAUGUUAGAUGUUUACGAGAAGCGAGAGUUGACUAAGAAUGGGCUGAUAUUCUUGAGGAAUGCUGAAGAGUAUCUUGAGGAAUGUACUCAGCAUGUAGAAAAAAUGACGGAAAACGCAAAGAAUACUAGAGAUGAUUUUGACAAGCUGCUCGGUAUGAUACAGAGACAAGCACAGGUGGAUGAGGUACGUCUGGCAAGAUACCAGGCUGAUCUUGCCAGUGCGCAGAGCAGAUCUGUUAUGAUAUUUACGGUCUUCACAGUUAUCUUUCUGCCAUUGAGUUUCUUCACAGGCCUUUUUGGGAUGAACGUCCGAGAGUGGGGUGGCAGUGAUUACCUUCCUCUUCGCACUGUAGGCUUAAUCGCAAUCCCGACAUCCUCUGCCCUUAUAACGCUUGCACUCAUCAUCGCCUGGAGCAUCCGUAUUCGUCAGCUCUUUAAUUAUAUUGGGAAAAAGCUUUCGCAUAUCUACACUAGUAUAUACGAACAUGUCAACAAAGCCAUCGACGGAAUUCUUGAGACCGAGAAGGACUCUGGAAAGAAAAGCAAGUUGAAAGGACUAAGGCAAAGGAAAAAGAAGAGAAAAUCGGAAAAGGAGCAGACGAGACUGCAUGAUGAAGAUUGGGAUUUCUGGGAAAGUCAUAAAGAGCGUAGGGAGAAGGAGUAUAAGAUACCGAACAAAAAUCGGAGGAAUGGGCUCAGUAUAGAGAGUAGUAUUGAGUGA